CCCCUUUCUCUCGGUGGUGUAUCGCGGCGGUGGGUCGAGUCGGCGCCGCUGCUGCUGCUUCCCUGGUCGGGCACGUUAAGGGCUUCAUCUCGCUCCUCAUUCUCCGCUCAUAUUAACAGGCCGUGAUCGGAACGCGUUUGCUAAGAUGGCAGCGAUGGCUCGGCUGGAGGGCCGCGAGUUCGAGUAUGUGAUGAAGAAGCGCUCGGUGACGGUGGGUCGGAACUCGUCGCAGGGCUCGGUGGACGUGAGCAUGGGCCACACAAGCUUCAUCUCCCGGCGGCACCUGGAGAUCUUCACCGCCGCGCCGGAGGACACAAGCCCCGGAGGAGGUGGGGAGUUCUAUCUGCGGUGUUUGGGGAAGAACGGGGUGUUCGUGGACGGCGUGUUUCUACGGCGGGGGGCCCCUCCCCUCCAGCUACCAAGACUGUGCACUUUCCGCUUCCCCAGUACAAAUAUAAAGAUCACGUUCACUGCGCUGGUGAGCGUCAAGCGUGAGAAGAGAGAACCCGAGUCUCCAGUGAAAGCCGUUCAGCCGCAGAUCUCUCCACUAACCAUCAACAUUCCAGAUAACAUCUCUCACCUCAUGAGCCCUCUGCCCUCACCCACCGGGACUCUCAGUGCUGCUAACUCGUGUCCGUCCAGUCCGCGCGGUGCCGGUUCGUCUGGGUACAGGAUGGGCCGAAUCGUGCCUGAUCUUCAGCUCAUGAAUGAAAACUCACAGUCUGAGAUCGAUAAAGAUGUCUCGGAAGGAGACAGUCCAAAGGACGACUCCAAACCUCCGUACUCGUAUGCUCAGUUGAUUGUUCAGGCGAUCACUUUGGCGCAGGACAAGCAGUUAACACUAAACGGCAUCUACACACACAUCACCAAGAACUAUCCAUACUACAGGACGGCAGAUAAGGGCUGGCAGAACUCAAUUCGUCACAAUUUGUCUUUGAAUCGGUACUUUAUCAAAGUCCCACGCUCUCAGGAGGAGCCGGGCAAGGGUUCGUUCUGGAGGAUAGACCCCUCAUCCGAGAGUAAACUUGUGGAGCAGGCAUUCAGGAAACGGCGGCCACGGGGCGUCCCCUGCUUCAGAACCCCACUGGGGCCCCUCUCAUCCAGGAGCGCUCCGGCAUCGCCCAAUCACUCGGGCGUUCUCUCCGCGCACUCCAGCGGUGUCCAGACCCCCGACAGCCUAUCACGAGAGGGCUCGCCUGUUCCCAUGGAGUCAGAGCACACCGCUGCCCCACCCCCUGCUGCUACUGCCGCCAUCCAACCUAAACUAGCCGUGAUUCAAGAGGCCCGUUUCACUCAGAACACCACUGCGUCUCCGAUCAGCAGUCAGCCGGUGUUGAUCGCGGUCCAGCGUCCCUUAGCGCAGACGAUCAAACCCGUCACGUACGCUGUGGCCACCCCCGUCACGUCUUCCACGUCUGCGCAGCCGCUCAUGCAAACGGUGCACGUGGUGCAUCAGAUUCCUGCUGUGGCCGUUAGUACUGUGAGCGGAGCCAACUUACAGACCGCCAUCAAAACAGAAACGCAGGAGAACGGAGAACGUGCGGAGGUCAAAGUGAAGUUAGAGGCGGUUCCCGGCAUCUCUCACGCCUCUAUAAGCUCAGCCAAUAGAGUCAUUCACACCACUGCUGCGGCCAUAGUGCAGCAAGCCCCAUUGGGCCAGCACCAACUGCCAAUCAAAACCAUCACCCAGAAUGGCACUCAUUUAGUGCCCAUCGCCACAGCGAUACAGAGCCAGACCAACUCAGUUUCGAGUCCAUUACACAUGUUGGCCGCUCACGCCUCGGCGUCUGCCUCCCUCCCCACGAAGCGUCAGAACGGAGAAAAGGCGAGCGGUCCACCCGAGAACAAACGAUUGAAAACUGAGGAAGACGAGCAGAAGACCGCGUCUGAAACAGACUCCACCCACAACCAGCACAGCAACCACGCCUAGUUACUCAUAACACACCAACACUUUCUGUCCCUCUCUGUCAUAAGUUUAUUUCCUUUUUCUCGUUCUGCCUUGACUGUUUCUCUUCCAUUCAGCUUGCGGUGCCAAAACCGAAAGCUUUUACGUCAGAAAACUCCAAGCAAAAUGAACAAACACAUCUAAGCAAACAGCUACUACACAGAUAAGCAAGCAGUGUCAAAACUGUGUCCGGUUAUGUCGGAAUGUGUUCAUUUUUUCGCAUUAUUCUUCUAAUCAGCUGCCGGUUUUCUGUUUUGUUAAUCAAGAGCCGAUUGAACAAACACUCACACCUCAAAACAGAACAACUGCCGUGUGCUCAUAACUGUGGGCAUUUUAUCACAACCUUUCAUUAACUCUGCAAAUGUUGGCCAGAUGGAAGCGUGCGAUUGGCUUGGAUCCCAUUCUGAUUAGUAAUGGUGUUUUUUUGCAAUUCAUGCCCAAAAAUGGAAGCAUCUUUUACGAAAUGCACAUCAUCCUGGAGGGUGAACUGAUGCUUUAAUCUCGCAAUUUGUGAAGUCCAACCCUGAACUCGGAACCCAACGGACUUCAGGAACUCCGGAACUCGUGUUGUUUACUGUCGACUGAGAAUUCCAGAACUCUGACUUUUGGAAUCUGGAUUUCCUCACUCUGACAACGGAACACGGGCUCCAAUCCAACAUUCCAAAGUUUGGCAGUGCACAUGCAAAGGGUGAAAUGCCAACAGGAUGUCCCGGAAUGGAACGCCAUUAUGGAUUUACACACAGAGAACCACAAAUAGGUUUUUCACAGCCCAGUGUUGAGUGAGUGUUGUGUUUCUUUCUCUUUUUUUUUUUUUUUAAAUAGUGCUUGCUAGGAAUGUGUGUGGAGGCCUGACUUCAACUGAAGGGAUCAAAAUAUUCCUAAAUAUUCUUAAACUUUCGGCAGCUAUCCCUGACAGCGUCCCCUACAAUUUCUAGCAGCCGUCAUAGUGGAUAUAUGCAGUAUUUCGUCGUUCAUACGUGGAACAUAGAAUCUGGGCUUGUUUUCAUUUAUAGAGACAUUUUAAAAAGUAAUAAUAACAAUAGUUUUAUAUAUAUAUAUAUAUAUA